UGUUUGGCCCACUUCCUUUAUAAACAUCUCUUAUUCCUCUUCUUCUUCUCCAUAAACUUCUUAAUGGAGAAUUAUUCAAUGUUCUUCCCUUGUGCAUCGACUCUUCCACAAUCUUCUUCUUUCUCAUCAAAGACAGCAAGUUCUUCUAGUGUUCCUAAUGAUCUUUACAAUAAGAAUCCCACUGGUUUCUUGGGGUUAAGUAUGGAGAUGCAUCUUCCAACAUCAUCAGAGGUCAAACAUGUUUCUAACAGUAGUGCAAACUUUGUGGUGUCUGGAAAUGAAGAAAAUUUGGGUAAGAAGAAGGGUGAGAAGAAAAUUAGGAAGCCCAGAUUUGCUUUUCAAACAAGGACCCAAGUUGAUAUACUUGACGAUGGUUAUCGGUGGAGAAAAUAUGGUCAAAAAGCUGUGAAAAACAACAAAUUUCCAAGAAGCUACUAUCGGUGUACUCAUAAAGGGUGCAAUGUGAAGAAGCAAGUUCAACGGCAGUCCAAAGAUGAAUGUGUUGUAGUAACGACUUAUGAAGGGGUUCACACACAUCCGAUAGAGAAGCCUUCUGAUAAUUUCGAACAAAUCUUGAGUCAGAUGCAUAUUUAUCCUCACCCUUUUAAUUAAGAAUUUUAUUAACGUGUGUCAUUAAUGCAAAUGUUAAGAAAUUUAAAAAGAUUAUAUAUUUUGCGUGAAAAUAUGUGCAAUAAAAAAUGUAUAAUCUUUUUAAGUUAUCGUAAGCUUUUGAAGCAUACAUUAACAAGACCUAUUAAGUAUUUAAGUGUUCAAAUAUACUUAUGAAAAUACGGAUAGUUCUACUAAGGAUAUAAAGAUCUGUUAGUAGUAAUCGAAGGACCAUUUUGCACUUGAAGUCUCCAAUUAU